AUGCUGGCGCUGCUAUCUUCCUGCUCCCAGACCCCGGUUCUUCCCUCUAUUGAUGCCAUGGAUACCUCCCUAUGUCAGAUAGGUGGGUCCCCAAAACCUGGACCUUCUUCCUCCGCAGGAUCUCCCCAGACUUCCCCUCCAGGGCCCAAACACUAUCUUCGCAUUGACACCCAGGGUGUCCCCUCCACAGUUAUGGUGGGUAAAGAGUCAGAGAGGAAGGACGGAGCUGAUGGGACUGCAGUUCAGAAAAACUGUUAUAGCUGUCCGCUGUGCUUUAGGGUCUCCCAGGACAUGUCUUACCUUCAGCCCAGCAUCGCCCACUCGGAGCUGAAGCCCUUCAAAUGUGACACCUGCAGGAAGGCUUUCAAGCUGGCCAGCCACCUCGCAAGGGACUACUCCACUCACAGAUCAGGUGGUGGGUGGCUGCAGAGCUGCUCUCUCUGACCACACUGCUUGGGUGAGUUGGCCCAGCACAGCUGUGUGCACUCAGGAGAACGCCUGUUCCAGGGCCCGAUCUUCCUGGGCCGCUUUACAGGGCAGAACACCUUACAGAAGCACACUCGGUGAAAGCAUCCAUGA